GAGAGAGGGUCUCUGUACCUUGGCAUUUGGGGGGAUGCUCACUCAAGGAGAAAGCGCUUUCUAGCAGAGAGCAUGGCAUGUGCAAAGGCCCAAGUUUUGAAGACCUGCCAGUGAUUCCUUUCAGCUGGAUGUGGGGGCGCGAGGAACUUCCAUGUCCAUCCAAACUUCUUAGGUUCCACAACUUUUAUUCUCCAGCAAAGACCCUUGAAAGUUCAACGCCCAGAAAGCCUGUCUUGUCUGUCAGCGCAAGAAAAAUUAAGGACAAUGCUGCUGAUUGGCAUAAUUUGAUCCUGAAAUGGGAAACCCUCAAUGAUGCAGGUUUCGCUACUGCAAAUAACAUUGCCAACCUGAAAAUCAGCUUGUCGAGUAAAGAUGAGAUAGAACUAGAAGGCAGCAGCCCAGCUUGCGGAGACAAUGUAGAAAAGAUGCUUCCAGAAUAUAGCCUGGAGCUGGAGGCGCUGUGUGAGGAGCUGCGGGCCACCCUGGACGGCCUGACCAAAAUACAGAUGAAAAUGGAAAGGCUGUCUGCAACCACCAAGGGCAUCUGCGAGCUGGAAAAUUACCACUAUGGGGAGGAGACCAGGCGGCCCCUCUUCCACACCUGGCCCACGGCCCACUUCUAUGAGGUCUCCCGCCAGCUCGCGGACAUGUACGGCCAGGAGCUGCGCCUGAAGCGCACCAUCGUCGAGGAGCUCGCCCACACCAAGGCCCGCGGCCUCGUCCUCAGCUACUUGUCCAUGUGGCUGCACCAGCCCUAUGUGGAGAGCAACAGCAAGCUGCAGCUGGAGAGCCUGCUGCUCGAGACGGGCCACCGGCCGCUGUGACCUCCCGGGACACCCGGCCGUCUCCGUGCCCGCCCCUGGCCGCCGCCUGCCAUCCCAGGGCCCUCAGUCAGCGCACUUCUCCAGCACUCCCCCACCCCCCGCCCGUGGGGGCCUCCGUCCCAGGCUGUGUGUGAAAUAAACGAGCUCCUCCUGGCCAGGGGGACUGUGUUCGGAGCUGUGUGUGUUUUAAU